GUUUUUGGUACUACAUAUUACAUGACCAUGUAUGGUAGGUAGUUAUUGGAUGUACCUAUGUAAGCCUCUAUGUAAGGUAAUAUGUAAUUAUUGAGUUAAACGACCUAAACUUUCUUUCUUGAAAACAUUCUCAUCUUCCAUUUCAACUUUUACAUUUUCCUAACUUGAUUUAUCUUUUCGACCCUAAGCCACAAUGCAGUCAAAACGCAUGACAGCAAACCCGACGCGUCCGUCGCGUUAUCGUGCCGGCAAAGCAACAGGCGCGGCCUCAGACUCAGAUUCCGAUUCCGAUUCAGAACCUGGCAGCGGCGAGGCCGAGCAGCAACAAACCCAACGGAAGAUUGCGCCGCCCCCAAAAGUACCUAGUGCCGGCAAAAUCAUCAGCAACCUUGGAAAAGUAGACCUCAAUGGACGCCGAAAGCAAGAGAAUGAAGCAGAAAGUCAACGCGUGGCGGCCGCAAAAGCAGCCCGCCUAGCAGCAGAGGAAGGGUUUGUUACCGAAGAAAGCGAGGGAGAAGAGGACAGCGAAGAGGAAAGCGGAGAAGAUGAAGGGGAAGAGGAAGAAGAGAGCAGCGAAGAAGAAGCCCCACGGCGACUCAUGUUGAAACCCAAAUUUGUACCGAGGAGCCAACGGAACGGGAACGGGAACAAGGAGCCUACCGAAGAGCACGACGAAGCCGCCAAGCUAGCCGAAGAGGAAAUGAGAAAGAAGCAGGCCAUGGAUGAGAUGGUCGAGGAACAAAUGCGCAAAGCAGCUGCGGCGCGCGCAACCAAGAAAAAACACUGGGAUGACAACGUGGAGGACGAAGACGACGUUGACACCGAGGAUGAUGUCGACCCCGAAGCUGAGUUUGCAGCAUGGAAGUUGCGUGAGCUGAAGCGCAUCAAGCGGGAGCGCGAGGCUAUCGAAGUACGCGAGAAGGAGAGAGCGGAAGUCGAGCGGCGAAGAAAUCUGACAGAAGAGGAACGAAAAGCGGAGGAUGAAACCUUCCUAGCCAUGCAGAAGGAGGAGAAAGACGCCAAAGGGAAGAUGUCAUACAUGCAAAAGUACUUCCACAAGGGCGCGUUCUACCGGGAUGAGGCCGAGGCCGAAGGCUUAGCCAACCGAGAUAUCAUGGGCGCGAGAUUCGCAGACGACGUGAAAAACCGGGAAUUGCUUCCAAAGGCACUACAGAUGCGCGACAUGACCAAGUUAGGAAAGAAGGGUGCCAGCAAAUACAGAGACCUCAAGUCCGAGGACACGGGCCGAUGGGGAGAUAUACGCGAUAUGAGGCCGGGCAAGGAGUUUGAUCGAUAUAAUGUAGACGACAGGUUCAAGUCCGAUCGCGCCAGAGAGGCAUCAGGGCCCGGAGGGGCUAAUGCGGUGCCCCUUGGGGAGAGGAAAUCCGUUCCUGGUGCGCCGGAAGGUCCUAAAAGUUCGGAUAGAGACAGAUACCGCAACCGGGACCAGAAUCGAAACAGCUACCGUCCAAGUGAUGACCAUAGACGUCACCGAGAUAGGUCUAGGUCCAGGUCCAGGUCCCCGAAGAGACAUGAUCGAGAUAGCAAUAAUAGCCGGAGGAAAAGAGACUCAUCACAAGAUGUAGACCAUUACGAAAGCGACAAGAGACGAAGGAUAGAUACCAGAUGAAGGAUCUCAGUCGUUAGGCAACUUCAUGUACAUUUAUGCUAGUCUCUGGAAAUAGAUAUGCCAGUGUUAAUUUUGACAGAGGAAAGGCACCUUUUUGGUUGAUGUCUUAAAUUUUAGCCCAAAGUACGUCCACAUCCUGUAAAGCUGAGUCCCAUCUUAAGCUAUAUCUUGGUG